GUGAUGCAUUCCACCAGUAUCUCAGAGCGCUACUGACCUCUUCUGGCAACUGUGCUGCUGUGUCACCAGGACCACCAGAACACACCUGCUUGUAAGGCUGAUUGAGGCGAGCAUAGGACAGGCCUAUAACAUUCCAACAUGGUAGGAAGGAGACGUAACGGUCCGAAAGCCAACAACGGCAGCAGGGGAAGCGGUGGCAACGGAGGUGGUGGUGGUCGUGGUGGAGGCGAGCAGAGGCAAUCCCAGCCGCAACAGCAACAGCAACAACGUCGCCGCCAGAAACCACGACAGACUUUGUCACAUCCUGCCACUUUUGCUAGGGCGAAAGGCAGUGAGACUGAUGUCCCUUACGAGAGAGUGACACUUGAGAAAGCCCGCGGAGGAACUCCAGCGGAUCGACCAGUGAGGGUGUAUGCAGAUGGCAUAUUUGACCUCUUCCAUUCUGGACAUGCCCGUGCUCUCAUGCAAGCCAAGAACCUGUUUCCUAAUACACAGCUGAUAGUAGGAGUGUGCAGCGAUGAACUCACACACAAGUAUAAAGGCUACACGGUGAUGGCAGAGGACGAGCGUUAUGAUGCACUGAGACACUGCCGCUAUGUAGAUGAGGUGGUCCGUGAUGCCCCUUGGACCCUCAGUCCUGAGUUCUUAAAGAUGCACAGGAUUGACUUUGUGGCCCAUGAUGACAUCCCAUACACUUCAGCAGGAUCUGAGGAUGUCUACAAAGAUAUCAAGGAAUCUGGAAUGUUUGUGGCUACUAAAAGGACUGAUGGAAUCUCCACCUCUGACCUUAUAACCAGAAUCGUGCGAGAUUAUGACGUGUAUGUGCGUCGCAAUUUGCAGAGAGGGUACACCGCCAGAGAGCUCAAUGUGGGAUUUAUCAACGACAAAAAGUACCGUCUGCAGAACCAGGUGGAUAAAAUGAAGGAGACGGUGCACACUCUGGAGGAGAAGAGCAAGGACCUCGUGCACCGGGUGGAGGAGAGGAGCCACGACAUCAUCCUGAAGUGGGAGGAAAAGUCCCGCGAGUUCAUCGGGAACUUCCUGGAGCUGUUUGGCCCUGAAGGAGCCUGGACCAUGAUUCAAGAGAGGAGUGGCCGUGUGCUCCAGGCCCUGUCCCCGUAUACUUCCCCCGUCGGCUCUCCGAGCAGCAGCCCCACCAGAGGCCCCACCAGAGGCCCCACCAGGCGCUCUCCCUCUCCACCGUCCGACCGGCAGCGUAGGCGCUUCAGAUCGCCUCCAUCCACCCAAAAACCACGCCGUCCACGGAGUCCUGGCAGCAAGGGGGAGGAGGGAGUGAAAUAAAUCUGCUACUCUAACAUACACACACACACACACACACACACACACAGAGACAG